AUGUCGCUCAAGGUGCCCCGCGCCGGAGGGCCCAACCUCUUCAAGGAGGGCUACAAGCACUUCCAGGGCAUCGAGGAGGCCGUCCUCCGCAACAUCCAGGCCGUCGUCGAGCUUUCAGAGAUCGUACGCACCUCGUUCGGACCCAACGGCCGCAACAAGAUGGUCAUCAACCACCUCGAAAAGCUCUUCGUCACCUCCGACGCCGCCACCAUCAUCCGCGAGCUCGACGUCGUGCACCCGGCCGCAAAGCUCAUCGUCAUGGCCUCCCAGCAGCAGGAGUCCGAGAUGGGCGACGCCACCAACUUUGUCCUCAUCCUCGCAGGCGAGCUCCUCAAAAAGGCAGAGUUCCUCAUCACCAUGGGCCUCCACCCGUCCGAGAUCCUAAAGGGCUUCGAGAUCGCACGCGACCGCGCGCUCCAGGAGCUCGAGUCGCUCUCGGUCGCCACCCUCACAACCCCGCCCACGCCCCAGUCGCUCGCCCUCGCCCUCCAGCCCGCCCUCGCCUCCAAGCAGUACGGCCAGGAGGAGCUCCUCGCACCCCUCGUCGCAGAGGCCGUCUCGAUGGUCCUGCCCCCCGCAUCUUCCUCGUCGUCGUCCAAGUCGUCGAGCCUCGAGGGCUUCAACGUCGACAAUGUCCGCGUCGUCAAGAUCAUGGGCGGCAGCCUGUCGCAGUCCAAGGUGGUCCGCGGCAUGGUCUUCGGCCGCGAGCCCGAGGGCGUCAUCAAGAAGGCGUCGGGCGCCAAGGUGGGCGUCUACACCUGCGGCAUGGACAUCAGCCAGACCGAGACCAAGGGCACCGUGCUGCUCAAGAACGCAGAAGAGCUCUCGAGCUUCUCGCGCGGCGAGGAGCAGCAGCUCGAGCGCUACUUUAAGGAGAUUGCCGACUCGGGAGUCAAGGUCGUCGUGACCCAGAGCCAGGUGGGCGAGCUGGCGCUCCACUACCUCAACCGCUUCGGCAUCCUCGUCAUCAAGAUCCUCUCCAAGUUUGAGCUGCGGCGCCUGUGCCGGCUGCUCGGCGCCACUCCGCUGGCGAGGCUGGGCGCUCCGCUGCCCGAAGAGGCCGGCUGGAUCGACACGGUCGAGACGACCGAGAUCGGAGGCGACCGCGUCACCGUCUUCAAGCAGGAGGACGGCCAGCCGGGCGGCAAGGCCAAGCCGCGGAUGUGCACCGUGGUGCUGCGCGGCGCCACGUCCAACCUGCUCGACGACGUCGAGCGCGCCAUCGACGACGGCGUCAACGUCAUCAAGUCGCUCACGCGCGACCCGCGCCUCGUGCCCGGCGCGGGAGCGACCGAGCUCGAGCUGGCCAAGCGCAUCGCCGACCUGGGCGAAAAGACGUCGGGCCUCAACCAGCACGCCAUCAAAAAGUUUGCAGAGGCCCUCGAAGUCAUCCCGCGCACCCUGGCCGAGAAUGCCGGACUCGACGCCACCGAGAUUGUCAGUCGGCUGUAUGGCAAGCACGCAGCGGCCGAGGGCGGCGCCGAUAUCGGCGUGGAUAUCGAGAACGAAGAGGACGGCACGCUCUCGACGACGCAGCACAAGAUCUACGACGUUCUCGCCGCCAAGCUGUGGGCGAUCCGGUACGCGACCAAUGCGGCCUGCUCGGUGCUUUCGGUCGACUCGAUCAUCAUGUCGAAACCCGCGGGCAUCAAGGCUCCUAAAUCCAACCCCAACUGGGACGAGGACCCCUAA